UGAUGGCCUCAAUCAAUCGAACAACCUGAACGACUACUGAAGGGGGCAAUCCGGCGGAAACGAAAAACUUUUUUAUUAUACCUUCUUCCUUCACUCACAACAUGAAAAUCCUGCUAACGAGUGCAGCAAUUCUGCUGGUUUCAUCAGCAGUUUUGAUUCUGGCCGAAACAAAUCAGUGGGGCCGCCGGAUUGCCGGAGAUCGACUGCUAGCCCGGAACACCAUCGUGAACAACUCCCUUCCUGUGCCCAUCAAAAGUACCGUUUACCAGUACGCACCCCCGGCGGGCGCCAUUCGACCGCCAAACGUGACCCACAUCCUGGCCCUCGAUAAUGUCCGGAACGGGUUGGGCGGUUUUGCGGCACUCAUCUCCGGCGGCAUUAAUCAAACGCGGGCCUCGCUCAAACUCUCCUCCCGGCCAAAUUUGGGAUUCAAUUUUACGGUUGAGAUUUACGGCAAAUAAAAUGGUCGACGGCGACGGCAGCCGGUUUUAGAUGAUAGAAGGGGUUACGAUGGCGGAUUCGGUACUUUUUGAUAUGGCACUGGGGAGUUUGGGUGCUACUAUUCCGAACGAAGAGCUUUUAGUGAUACUAGCGGAAAUGUUAUCAGUGAAAUUUGUUAGUGGUCCCGGAAUACUUGGAACAAUAAAUGGAAAAUAAAACAGGAA